UUCUUAAUUAUAAUAAUGCAAGUGACUGUAAUCCGUGACGUACCCAAUACUCAUGUCUAGCCUUAUCAAGCGGAACACUCCGAUCCCACCGUCUUGGCUGCUUGGCUGCAUCGGGAUAUAUAUCUUAGCCGUGCAUGAUAAUGGUUAUUAUCAUGGGAAUUGACCACUUAGGACCCUUCCCUGCUCCGAAAUGCAGGGUCUAGAGCAAAGACCCCUCAAUUGACUAACAGACUCUCUUUGCCGCGGACCCCGUUUGUAAAAAGUCAUUAUGACAGUCACCACCAUUGAGUUUGUUAUUUAACAGGCCGGAUCCCUCACGACGUUAACUCAAUUGCUGGACCUCUACUGUUCCUCAGACCUUGAGUACCAGUGCAGUGAUACUCACCAUGUGGUCCUCUAGUCUUCUACUGGCCCUACUGGCCCCCAUGGCCCACUCCGCAUUGGCCGAAAAAGUCCUAGGAGCAUACAUCUUCGCCCGCCACGGCGAUCGAACCGCCAAAGCCCUGGGAAACACCCACCUCACAGACCUGGGCUACAACGAGGUUUACCUGACAGGCAGCUACUAUCACACGCGCUACAUUUCCCCUUCCUCACCACUGCAAAUCGCAGGUAUCAGCGAACCAACCGUCAACACGAAGCAAAUCACGGCCUCCACGCCCUCAGACGAGGUCCUCCAGAACUCAGCGACGGGGUUUCUGCAGGGUGUGUAUCCGCCCGUUGGCAACUCUGCGAAUGAGACGCUGCGGAAUAGUACGACCGUGCAGUCGCCGUUGCAUGGGUACCAGUUGAUUCCGUUGGGGACUGUGAGUUCGGGGACGAAUAGUGAGGAUUCGACGUGGUUGCAGAAGGCUAGUGGGUGUGAGGCUGCGACGGCUAGUAGUAAGGGGUUUUACAGCUCAGCUCUCUACGACGAUCUACUCGGGUCGACCAAGGAUUUCUACAUGUCGCUGUCGCCGAUGUUGAGCAGUACGUUUGAGGAGGCGCAGAUGUCGUUUAAGAAUGCGUAUAAGAUCUUUGAUUAUCUUAAUGUCGCGUUGAUUCAUAACUCCAGCAGUGAAUUUCCGGCGUCAGAGUUGUUGACGGAUGGGGUUUACAACCAGCUUUUGACGCUGGCUAGUACGUCUGAGUACAAUCUGGCGUACAACUCGUCUGAUGAAAUCCGGGCCAUCGAGGGAAUGAGUUUAGCCGGCGAAGUGCUGGAGGGACUCGAGGAUAUCGUCACUUCCCAGGGAAAGUCCAAGCUGAACAUCCAAUUCGGCUCCUACGGCACGUUCAUGUCCUACUUUGGUCUUGCACAAUUACCCUCUGUGAACGUCAACUUCACCGGAAUCCCCGACUACGCCUCGUCGAUGGCCUGGGAGCUAGUGACCAACUCGACCUCUGACGCGUUCCCUGCUGAGUCCGAGAUCAACGUACGGUUUAUCUUCCACAACGGAACUAUCACCGGCUCAUUGACACCUGAUCAAUACCCGCUGUUCGGGCAAUCGAGCACUGUCAUCCCGUGGUCCGACUUUGUCGAGCAGACCAAGAAAAUCGCCGUCACGACUCAGGACCAGUGGUGUCAGGCUUGCGGGAACACUGAUAGCCAGUGCCCUGCUGCGUCUGUCCAGUCUACCAGCAGCUCUGGCGGUAUGUCCAAGGCCGUGGCGGGUGUUGUGGGAGCUAUGGUGACACUCGGAGUGAUUUUGAUCCUCGAGGCGUUGUUCUUCUUCGUGGGUGGAUUUACGAUUGCCAAGAAGAGAAAGGCGGAUACUGGGUCUGAGAUUAGCAGUGAGCAUGUAACGGAUAAGACGCCUUGACAGUCUCAAGAGAAGUCAAGAAUGAAAAAUGAUGGUUACGAGUAAUGAUUUAAUGGCAGUUGGUCACGUGGAGUGGAGCUUAGAUAGACUCGGCCCUAACCAAAUAUAAGCAGUCUGAUUGGCCACUCGGUAAUUAAGCUUGGCUGCCACCGUUCAUCUUAUUUUAUCCGAUCUCCAGGAGUUUCUGUCAGGGGUUGAUGCUCACCAGUGUACUGUGUACUGUGUGUACUAUGCACGCUGCUUGGGAUAUCUUCAUGAAUGUCAAUGACAACACGACCAGCAUAAGUACCACCAAC